UGGGUUUGGCAUGUUGAUCAUGUGCAGUGUGGUUGCAGUGUACGGCACUACGCUCUGUGCCUGGACCCUUUACUAUGCCGCCUCCUCCUGUAGAACCGUCCUGCCCUGGACACACUGUGGAAACGCCUGGAACUCGGAACAAUGUGUCCAAAACGUAAAAUCAUUGACAGUCAGCACUUCGUCAACACUCAGAGGAUCCAUGGUCAACGCAACACUCUCACCUGACAACAGGACAAUAGACGUUGCUGGUAGGGGAUGGGGUAAUUCAACGCUGAGCCACACAGCGUCUGAAGAAUUCUGGCAAUAUAAGGUUCUCGGCAUCAGCUCCGGCCUGGAACAACUGGGAAGCAUCAGAUGGGAACUGGUUCUGUGUCUCUUCGCCUCGUGGCUUCUGAUUUUCGGAUGUAUUGUGAAAGGUGUCCGGUCAGUCGGCAAGGUUGUUUAUGUGACGGCGACACUUCCCUAUAUUUUCCUCUUCAUCCUGCUUGUCCGUGGUCUGACCUUGCCGGGUGGACCUGAUGGUGCUCUGUUCUACCUGACCCCAGAUUUCAGCAAAUUACUGGACAUACAGGUAUGGCUUGGUGCCUGUGUGCAGGUGUUAUACUCUCUUGGCCCAGCGUUCGGAAGCAUAAUUACAAUGGCAAGCUACAAUACCUUCCAUAGCAACUGUCUCAGAAAUGCGGUCAUCUGCGCAUGCGUGUGUGGAGGGACAAGCUUACUUGCUGGGUUGGUCAUCUUCUCCAUUCUCGGAUUCAUGGCCCAUGAAGCAGAUGUGCCCAUCACCGCAGUUUCGUCCUCAGGCCCCGGAUUAGGCUUCGUCACUUACCCAGAAGCCUUGGCACAACUUCCGGUUCCACAACUGUGGAGUUUCCUGUUCUUCGUGAUGCUGAUAUUUCUUGUCCUGGAUUCAUUGUUUUCAACGGUGGAAACCGUGAUCGCCGUCAUCCUUGACGAAUAUCCCUUCCUGCUGAAGUGGAGAAUAUUUGUAAAUCUGGGGUAUUGCACUGUAUCAUUUCUGGUGGGAAUUAUAUUCACCACUGAGGGUGGUAUGUAUUUGUUCCAACUGGUUGACUGGUACUUGGCUGCCAUAUUUAUCAUUUUUGCUGGUUUUCUGGAGUGCAUCAUUUUCGGAUGGAUAUAUGGAGUGAAUCGUCUCAGCGCAGAUAUUGAACUGAUGAUAGGGAGACCGGCUCCGUGGUUCUUCAAAAUCUCAUGGCGUUAUAUCACACCUUCACUGCUUCUGACAAUAUUCAUUUCAACUCUGAUGAAGUACAAGCCCCCGACGUAUGAAAGUUAUGUUUAUCCUGGAUAUGCUGCCUCUAUUGGCUGGACAAUAACAAGUAUUCCAUGCAUUCCAUUGGCUGUAAUGAUGGUCGUGGCCAUUUACAGGGAGAAGGGGAGCUUAUCGCAGAGACUUGUGAAGUCAUUAAAACCCCACAGUUCAUGGGGUCCAGCCAAGACGUCAUAUCGGGACAUGUAUUGCUCUGGAAAUAUGGAGAGAAGCUCACCUGAAAGGGACACCUGCAUACCAGCGGCUUCUUGUACACCACGCACCGCCAAACAUACUUUAGAAUGA